AUGGAACUGGACUGCAUCGACGGACUGUACACAACUCUGGGGAAGUCGGUGGGAAGUGAGUUUUCUCCUGACGACGUGAGCUUCCUGUUUCACAGGGUGUUUCAUGUCCCUUCCAGCAGAGAUGAAGCGUGUUCGGCCAUGGAGAAGGUGUCGGCAGGAGACAGCAGCUGGUCCUGUGCUGGCAAACAUGUUCUUGAUGUUCUGGUCCAAAUGGAGAGAGAGAAGGAGGACAAGGAAAAGAUGUUCUGGGAGCACCAGCUGUUGAAUGCUGGGAAGCGGAAUGACUUUUAUGAGCACCGGCAGCAACGGUCCCAUCCAAAUGCAGCUGACAACUCUUGUAAGUCUCACCUCACUGAGAGGCAUCGACUGGCUGAAGACACGCAGAAGCGGUGGAGCAUCAGAGCACUGAGGAGACUCAAGAAGUCCGUACGGCAGACCUGGGCCAGAUUGGCAUCAGGUGGUGUUCAGAGUAUUUUGUCCUGCGCUUGUCAGGGUAGCCAUCCUGGGGUCAUAGGUCAGGCCUGGGGCUGGGUCUCCGUGUCAGAUGUUCUCCUGCUGGUGGAAGUGAAGUAUGACGUGGUUGCUCAUUUGCUUUAUACGGAGAUGCUGCAGGAACAUUACACGGCAGAUAACUGGGAGAAGAUGUCACCAUGCCAACGACGGAACGAGGAAAUGGAGUUGGAGGACUUUGCCGAGGAGGCGCUGGAGUUUGGUGAUCUGCUUCGUUUGGCUCAACUGCCCGGUUCCUUCCGGAUACAGAGGGUGGGUCCAGAGUUUCGGCGAGUGUAUUGGUCUUCUGCCUCUCUCCUGUGGAGACUGCACACGUCUCGACAACGGGAAAGAGCUGCUGUGACAGCCUUGGGAGAGAGCUUGAACACGACGUGCCUGCGCCUCAUGUGUCUUCACAUUCGCGGUGCCUGGUUCCGAGCUCAGAGAGAGAAGGAGUCCUACAGGGCUCUGCUGGCGGCUGAGCAGUCCUGGCAGGCCUGGCCUCGUGUUGACUGUCCCUGCAGGGAGGAGCUGGCUGUUUCCUGUCUGCACAGAGAGGAGGAGGAGCGCCCCCUGGAGGUUUACUCCGCAUCACCCCAGCAGGCGACGCUCCAGUCGUUGGUGCUGAGUCAGGAGGAAGAGCGGCAGCAGCUGGUCCAGGUGCUGAGGAGCAUCUCCCUGGAGGAGCUGAGAACAUCGGGUGGCGCUGAGAAAGGCUUGAAGUCCAGCUGUGUUAAAAAGCUGCUCCACCAACGGCAGAGAGAACUUCAAGACGCUCCACAGUCUGAAGACCAGCUGGAGGAGGUCCAAGUGCAGCUGCUGACUCGGCUCCUGGAGCUGCAGGAGACACAAGCCUCUGCGUUGCUGCAGGGUCUGCUGGAGUCUCACCCUCAAGCUCAGAUGGAGCCGCUGCGAGAAGAGAAGGUCAGCAGCUCCACUGAGGGUCAGAGCCAGGACAGGACGGAGGGUCAGGAGACGGACCCGGGCGCAGCAGCUGAAGGCCCAGGACAAGAGGCCGCAUGCUCAGGUGCUCACUGUAGCAGCUGUGGUGAGAAACCCAUCUGCCACCCAGGCUGUGGGCUGGAGGAGCCGCUGUAUCUGGAGAUCCUCUGCUCUGGUGAGCCCCAGGGCGCUGCUGAACAGAGACCCCUAGCGGGAGAGGAGUGUAAUGCAGCUGAGAACCUGGAGAAACAGGCCUCGCUCAUCGCUCUGGCGUGGAGCCAACCAGCUGAAGACCUUCAGGACGGGUCCAGAGAGUGUGGAGAAGAGCAAGCUCCGGUCCAGUCUUGUGGUCAGCUGGCAGCUGAAGGAAGACCUGAUGACUCGUGCGGCUCUGCUGGACACAGUGAAGCUUCUUCAGCUCAGCGCACCCUACUGGAGGAGGCUCCGGACCAUCUGACGGCUGUGGAGGAGAACAUCUCAGCAGAGGAGCCUGACAGCAGCCCACCUGAGCUGACCCCAGUCCAGCCUGAAGCCAGGGAACCUUCUCUGCUGGAGAAAGAGAGGGAACCGGUGCUGGUCUUGGAGAGAGAGCGGACCAUGCAGAACCUGGUGGACCUGCAGCGGAAGGUGGAGCAGAAGCACCAGAGGGACCGAGAGAGGCAGCUGCUGAGGGUGCAGGAGCGUCUGUCCAUCAUCCAGAGCAGGAAGGCGGAGGAGGACGUGCUGGGCCUCCGACACAGAGAGAGGCUGAGACACCUCACGCAGGAUCUGGAGCAGGAGGACAGAGCUCAGCAGAAGACUCUGGUCAGAGAACAUCUGGAGCAGCUACGGAGGGAGCGCUCGUACGUGAUGCAGUCCAGAAGAGACAGGUAG